AUGGCUGGCACGGACGAUUCUAAUCGUGCUUCAAAGCCCGAAGAAAAGGAGACCCAACUGGAGAAUGGCGCGGAAAGCGACGAGGAGGAAUUCCACGAUGCGCGAUUCCCCGCAGACGAAGAAGCUAGUCUUUUGAAAGAAGCUCAAGAUAUCAAAGCCGAAGCCAAUCAGCUGUUCAGCGCAGGAUGCUAUGAUCAGGCCAUUUCAUGCUACGACCGAGCCCUCGCCUCUUGUCCGAACUAUCUUGAUUACGAUAUCGCCGUGAUCCGAAGCAACAUUGCCGCCACAUACUUGAAGCUAGAGGAUUGGAAAUCAGCAAGUGAAUCGGCCACAAUGGCAAUUGAGCGCUUGAAUAAGGUCAUUCCGCCAAGUGCCGAGAAGAAGGACCAGAGCGAUUCGAAAGAAGUCGAUACACAAGCCAACGAUGCCGCAGAGGAGAGAGAACUCCAAAAUUUGAAGGAGCAGGACGAGCAACGAACCAACGUUCUCCGGAUUCGAGCCAAGGCUCUGAUGCGACGGGCUAAGGCCAAAUCAGAAAUCGGUGGAUGGGCCAGCUUACAAGGUGCUGCGGAGGAUUACCAAGCCCUUGCUGCUAUGGAGAAUCUCCCAGCAGGUGAUCGACGGAUCGUACAACGGGCUCUUCUGGAACUACCGGAUCGGAUCAAAGAAGCCCGCGAAAAGGAGAUGGGAGAGAUGAUGUCGAAGUUGAAGGGCCUGGGCAAUGGUAUCUUGAAACCAUUCGGUUUAUCGACAGACAACUUCAAUUUCGUCCAGGAUCCCAAGACUGGAGGCUAUUCGAUGAACUUUCAGUCUUGA